UGAACGCAGCCAAAAGGGCACUUUCCCAGCCAGAUCCAGAAGGAUACGGAGACUUGGGGAGAUUCCAGUGAUGCCCUUUGAAUCUCACAAACAACCAGAACCACAAAACGGUUUCCUAUUUAGCCCCCAUCUCUGAGCUUCUCUGUGCUCUGAAGUGAGGGAGUGAGGGAGCGAUCACUUCAAUUGGCUCAGUGCGUUUGGCUUUUUGCCGAUCUCAGGUAGUCAGCGAAGUUUCUGUUGGCAACAAUGGCUGUUUCCGUGAGAUUAAUGGGUCUGAUAGUAGCAUUUUGUGGUGCAGUUUCCUUCAUAUUUGGAGUUGUUGCUGAGAACAAGAAGCCAGCAGCUGGAACUCCAAUAACAGGGAAAGGUGUUGUUAUCUGCAAGUACUCCUCUGAUCCAACUGUCGUUUUGGGGUAUUUGUCUGUAGCAUUUCUCAUUGCUACUACUGUGGCUGGGUAUUUGUCUCUGUUUUACCCUUACAAAGGAAAAUCUGUUCCACAAAGUGCCUUAUUUAGAAGCACCAGUUUUGUUGUAUUCUUCAACAUUGCUAU